AUGCUGGCCAUUCGACCCCAAGAUACGACCCCAGUCGCUGGCUCGGCGGCUGUUGAAGGCACGGCUGAGGUCGACAGGCUGUUGCUCCAGCUCGAGCAGAAUCUGGAGUCCGCUAAACUGUCCCUGCAACUAAAGGGCAUCUCCGUACUAUCAAAAUAUGGCAUGGACCGAGAAGCCAAUCCUGCAUCCCGCGAAGCACUACGAUGUCUCGCAAAUGCAUUUCUCCUCAAUGAACCAUCCCGACAGAUCUUCGUCGAUCUUGGCUACGCACCCAAAGCCGCCGACCGGCUAAAAGUCGACAAUCGAGACGACGAAUUCCUCAUUUCACGCAUCCUCUUCCUCCUAACCUACAACACCAGAAUCGACUUCGAAAUCCUGGUGAACGACCACAAACUCGCCGACAGCAUCAACCUCCACAUCCUUCGACAUGCCAAGAACUUCUCCAAAACCGGCCGCAGGAAAUCCACCACCUCCCCCCUCCAAGAUAUGGCCAUGGUCGAGACCUUGAAACUCAUGUUCAACAUCACCUACUACUACCCCGACCUGAUCCCACGAUUCACCCCCUCCGUCGAACCCCUCAUCAACAUCAUCCUCCACCACCCGCUCCCAUCACCACCCCUCCAACCACCAAUCACCUACCUCCUCAACGCCCUCCUCAACCUCGACCUCCCGGCGUCCGAAAAGAAAACCCGCAUCGGCCCCGAAGCUCGCUCAAGCCCGCUUUUCCCCUACUCCAACCCGGAAUCCGUCGUCGACCGCCUCGUCACCAUCCUCUCCACAGCCAUCACCAAGCAACCCGAGCGCGAACUCGACCAAGCCGCCGCCCCCCUCUGCACCCUCCUCCGCCGCAUGUACGACCUCGCCACCCCGCAAAUGAAAUCCUGGAUGCGCUGGCUCCUGCUCCCCAACCCCAAAGACCGCGACAGACCCCUCGGUCAAGGCGAGACCCUCUCAGCGCGGCUCCUCCGCCUCUCCACCUCCCCGAACCUGCCCACCCUCCGCGAAAACAUCUCCGGCCUCCUCUUCGAACUCAGCGAAAAAGACGCCACCAAGUUCGUCAAGAACAUCGGCUACGGCUUCGCAUCGGGCUUCCUCAUGAGCCACAACAUCGAAAUCCCCUCCAACGCCCUCGAAGCCAGCAGUAUCUCCAGCGGGGAGGACGCCGAGCCCGGCGCGGACGUGAAUCCCAUCACGGGACAGAGAUACUCCGCCGAAGACCGCGAGGGCCCCCAAGUUGAAAUGACCGAAGAGGAGAAAGAGCGCGAGGCUGAGAGAUUGUUCGUAUUAUUUGAGCGGUUGAGAGCGACAGGGGUGGUGGAUGUGAAAAAUCCCGUACAGCAGGCGAUUGAUGAUGGGAGGUUUGAGGAGUUGGAUUGA